UCCAAGAGCAAAGAGGUGGUUCAGAGAUAUCGUCACAUUGUUCGUCGAGGGGCCACAUCACAACGUAUGAAACGACGCCAGAUGACCUCUCCCCAAUGCACCGCCUGCUCUUCACCCCUUUCCCGACCUUGGGCUUGUCUCACAUGCUCGUUUGUCGGCUGCAUGGGCGCUUAUUCCCUCUCUCCCCGACAAUGCUUUGAGGAUCAUUUCGCCGAAUCUGAUGAUUGUCUGUUUGCGGUGGAUUCUGUGACCGGAGCUGUGUUAUGUAGCAUAUGUGACGACACACAUUACCUCGAGUCCCUCUCUGCGAUAUAUGACGAAACCCUACUACGUCUAGAGGAAGAUAAUGAUCUGUCUCAACAGACUGCCGGUUUGCCCUCUGGCAAAGGAAGGAAAAGAGCUCAUUAUCACCCCUGGGUCGAGUCUUCCCAGUCCGACUCAACUCGGAUGCCCUGUCGAGGCCUUCGACCUUUGCUCAACCUCUCUCAGACAUGUUUCCUUUCCGCCAUCCUGCAAGCUCUCAUCCACAACCCCUUGCUCAAAGCAUACUUCAUGAGCGAUAAACACAAUCGGUGGGUAUGCCCGGAUUCUCGCGGUUUAGGGAUGGGUCGCCCUUACUUGGGUGCUGAAGUAGAAUCUGGUAGCGUGGGACAGGACAGGGAAAGGGGUUGUAUGUGCUGCGAGCUGGAUCGGGCUUUCGAAGAGUUUCACGCGGACGAUAAGAGUCCCUAUGGACCAGUGACAAUGUUGUAUGCUAUGUGGCAUGCUUCUGCGGAAUUAGAAGGAUACGGACAACAAGACGCCCAUUCUUUCUUCCUGGCUGCUUUAGACCAGAUUCACGCUCACGCACGGGGACAAUCAACUUCAUGCACUUGCAUAGCCCAUCAAACAUUUGCUGGAUCCUUACUUUCCUCAGUCACCUGCUCAUCAUGUCACACAACAUCCACCACUGUUGAUCCUAUCCUAGACAUCCAACUUGACUUUCCCCCUUCGUCUCUCACAAAUCCCGAACCUCUUACACUCCCAGGCAUGUUACGUCGGUUUUGCGCCGAAGAGAAGGUAGGGGAUCAUGGUGGAAAAGGAUAUGAUUGUUCUUCCUGUGGGGGAGGAAGUGGUGUGGCGGCUACACGCAAGCUCUUGAUAAAAAGGCUACCUCCCGUCUUGGCCUUUCAACUGAAGCGCUUCGGACAUCAUAAUUCCACCUCCACCAAAGUCGAAGUCCCCGUCCGAUUCCCCUCCACGAUCAACAUGGCUCCAUAUGUAGAGCACGGAUCGUCGAUCCCUUCGUCUCAAGACGCACAAAAAGAACAAAGAUUGCCUGAUUCAGUGUAUUUAUACGACCUUUUCGCCGUGGUGACGCACGAGGGUAAGUUGGACAACGGACAUUAUUGGGCAGACGUUUUGAGUGGGGAUGAAUGGUGGCAUUGUGAUGAUGACAAGGUAACGCCCACCACUCUCUCAGCUGUUCAAGGGCAAAAAGCGUAUUUGUUAUUCUACGCAAAACGUACUCUCGCAUAUGCCGAUCCCAUCGCCCGGCUUCUCAAUCCCAUCCCUGCAGGAGCAGCAGCCAACAAGAUGAUGCCUGAUGGGAUCGGGAACAAGGGCGUGGUGGGGGACAAGGGCGUCACCAAACGACCGGACGGAUCAAAAGGUUUAAAGGGCAAAGGUCUCAAAGGCAAGAGCGUGGGGGACAAGCAUGCCGAGGACUUACUGCGGAGCGGGAAGAGCGGACAUCCGAUACGAGGUAUGGAGAUUUGA